CGACAAGCUAACCCGGUCACCCCCGCUGCACAGAACUUCGAUCAAAACACAGACAUUCGCGGGCAGUCGAAAAGAAGCAUGAGUUUCUGCCUUGUUGGUAAUUAAUAUGGCAGAUCCUUCUUUAGUCGAUUCAAAUGAAGUCCAGUCCUCAGUUACGAAUGGGGAAAGCUCGAUUGAAGUGGAGAAAGAGUCCGCUGCGGAAGACGCGUCCGUAAGCAUACCGCGAAAAUCGAGCGUUCUUAAAAAAGAUGGGAGACCCUCGAAGCGAUCUCUCCAAAAGUCUGUGUCGUUUAUUGCUCGUCCGGAGGAUAAACGAAUCAUAAACGCCGAGGAUUGUUUGACCUUCAUGCAGAAUGGUUCGGAGUUAAUGAAAAUUCGCUCGAAUUCAAGACAAUACCAGAGGUUCUUCUUUUUAGAGGAAGACUUAACGGGUUUACGAUGGCGACCAUCAUCCAAGAAGCCUGAAAAAGCGAGGAUCUCAAUUGACACUGUAAAAGAAAUUCGCUGUGGAAAAAACACUGAUGUAUUCCGUGAAAUGGACAGGGAUGAUUUUCAAGAGGACUGUGCAUUCUCAAUUAUUUACAGUGACAAUUUUGAGACUCUAAAUCUUGUUGCAUACUCUCCAGAUGAAGCCAACAUUUGGGUUACUGGCCUAAGGUGUCUCCUGGACUCAGACAAAGCCAGCAGCCCUGUGGAAAACAGGCAACAAAUGCGAGACAGAUGGUUGAAGGAACAGUUUGUAAUGGCAGACAAUGGAGGCAAAGGAAGGCUUAAUGAGAAAGAGGUUCUUUCUGUGGUCAGACAGUUGAAUGAGCAAAUUCCUGAAAGUGUAAUAAAACAGAGAUUUAAGGAAGCAGUUGCUAUUAGUUCAAAUUCUCAAAAGAAUAGUUUAUCUAGGGAGGAGUUCCUUUCAUUUUACAAAGAACUCACUACAAGACCAGAGGUUUAUUUUCUUAUGGCGAGGUAUACAAGUAAUGGUGACUAUCUAACAACAGAUGAUCUACUACUCUUCCUGGAAGCUGAACAAGGGCUCUCCAGAGUGGGAAAAGAACACUGUUUAGAUAUCAUCAGAAGAUGCGAGCCAACAGAUGAAGGAAGAAGGUUAAAAUGUUUAGGAAUAGAUGGAUUCACACAAUAUUUACUAGAAGAUUGUCAUAUUUUUGACACUGAUCGUGCAGUAAUCUGUCAAGAAAUGAACCAUCCACUCUCUCAUUACUUUAUUGCAUCUUCUCAUAACACGUACUUACAAGAAAAUCAACUCAGUGGACCGUCAAGUGUAGAAGCUUAUAUCGAUGCAUUAAAAAAGGGCUGUAAAUGUGUAGAAUUGGAUUGUUGGGACGGGAGUGGUGAUGAUCCGGUCAUUUAUCAUGGCCACACACUUACCUCAAAAAUUCUCUUCCGCGAUGUUUUAGAAGCCAUAAACGAAAAUGCAUUCAUAAGAUCUCCAUUUCCACUUAUAUUAUCCAUAGAAAAUCAUUGUAGUGUGAAACAACAGCGAGUUAUGGCAAAGUAUUUCAAAGAGAUUUUACAAGAUAAACUUGAUAGAAUUCAACCCGGUGAAAAUGAAUCAUACUUACCUUCUCCCGAGGCACUCAAAGAGAAAAUCCUUAUUAAGAACAAGAAGCUUCCGGCAGAUGUGACGACCGACUCUGGUGAGGUCAGCGAUGAAGGUGAAGACCAAGAUGAAAAUAUUGAAAUGAAUGGCGAAUGUAAACUGGAAAGACAAAAUAGCAAAACAGGAAGCAUUAAAAGACAGAUAAUGAAAGAUCCCAAUAAAAAACCAAAGAAGACCACGAAGCUGAUCCGGGAGUUAUCUGACUUAGUCACGUACUGCAAAUCUGUCGCUUUUCAAGACUUUCAGUAUUCUUCUGAAAAUCAAAAAUUCUGGGAGAUGUGCUCUUUUAGUGAAAAUGUAGCCAGACGCUUGGCGCAGACGUUUCCAGAAGAGUUUGUAAAUUAUAACAAGUCGUUUUUGAGCAGAAUUUACCCUGCUGGCAAGAGACUGGACUCCAGUAAUUUCAAUCCUCAAGAGAUGUGGGACUGUGGCUGCCAAAUUGUGGCGUUGAAUUACCAGACGCCAGGGCUUAUGAUGGACCUGAACCAAGGAAAAUUUCUGGAGAACGGCGGCUGUGGAUAUGUCCUGAAACCUGCUGUUAUGAGAGAAGAAAUAGCUUAUUUCAAUCCAAGUACUAAAGAUGUUAUUCCUGGCGUUUCGCCUCAGAUAUUACAAAUCAAGGUAAUUAGCGGACAGCAGUUUCCCAAACCAAAAGGCUCAACAGCCAAGGGUGACGUGAUCGACCCGUUUGUCACAAUCGAAGUGUUUGGUAUCCCUGCUGACAUUGCACAGGACAGAACGAGAACUGUUCCUCACAAUGGUUUUAAUCCUGUGUUCGAUGAAACUUUCGAGUUCCACAUCAACCUACCUGAUCUGGCGUUGGUGCGGUUUGUGGUUCAAGAUGAUGAUUUUAUCGGUGAUGGAUUUAUCGGCCAGUACACCAUACCUCUCAAUUGUAUCCAACCAGGCUUCCGACACGUGCGCCUUUUGUCAUCGCAAGGGGAAGAACUGGAAUCAGCUACCCUAUUUGUUCACGUGACCAUCACAAACCUCAACGACGCUGUGGCACAGAGACCAAGGAAAGCGUCUUUAAGAAAAUCUAAAAAGGCGAGAGAGUAUACAAGCAUGAAGUCCAUUGGUGUGAAAGCCGUGGAUGAUACGUUUAAGUUAGCAAUUCAGCCCCUCAGAGACGGCACAGAUCUUAGAGAAAAUGUUCAGACGGCACUCGGAAACUUCAGGGAGAUCUGUGGCGUGGCCCCCCGGUCUAAUCUGAAACAGUGCAUAAGGCUAUUGGCUUCCAGACUUGAGGGGAAUGCAGAAUCUAUUGAGCUCAAACUGGUCAUGAAGGAUGAGUAUCCUUACUUCGAAGCUCAAGGGAGUUUGCCAGAGAUGUUGAAGAAAGCGCUGGCAGCUAUAGAACAGGUCGUCCAAGACUCCAAAACGUUAAUCGAAUCUUGUGACUCCGUUCACGAAAGAAUUAUCCAGUGCGAGAGAGCGGGCUUGGAGUGGCACGAAGAGCUUCAUAAUGCCUGUGUUAAAGAGGGAAUAAAAGGGAAGCGACUGACAAAGGCGGUAGAAAGCUAUUCAUGGAAUAUUCGGGUCUUAAAGGGCCAGGCAGAUUUACUUCUCAACGCAAAGAGCGAGUGUCAGGAAUAUCUUCGACAGAUUCAAGAGGCGACGUUAUCAACUGGUCUUGUCAAAUCCGUUGGCUGUGACCUCUAACCGGAUACUUCAUUUAUUUGUCACAUUUCGUCUCACCAGAUACGCUCUUGUUGUACAAGCGUUGUAAAUUCGAAAGCAGAUAGUGUAGUAAUGAAUACAAAGGAGUGGUUCUUCGUUUCAGAUGUGAACUUAUUUUUUACCCUUACUAUAUUUUUUCACGUACUACUCCUCGUAAUGGUUUUCUCUAAAAUAUGGUUAUUGUUUUUUUUUAAGUGCCAUGUUUAUUCUUCGUAGUUUCAGUAUAAAUACUAUCAGAAAUACGUUUUACUUUUAUCCUUACGUUAGUCAUUAUGCGCGCAAUCACAAUCUUUUCUCUUCUUUCUUAAUUUUUUUCGUGUUUUCCAUGGAUUCACACGAACACAGAUGAUUUUCGAGCUUAAAACGAAGUUCACACGUCUCAGUAGAUUAAAAUUGAAAUACAACAGUGUUUUAAUACGAAGAUUGAGGAAGCGAUUUUAAGUAGAAAAUUGUAAAUAUUAAUUCAAGAGGAAUAUUUAAAUAAUGCAAUACAGAAAAAAACAAGUUUUUUGAAGACACGUGGACGUUUAGAUGGUUGGAUUAAUGAUUUAGUUCUUGAAUUAGUUUUCGUUCUAACUGUCCGGCAUUAAGUCACAUAGUACUAGAUUUAAUUUUCGUCAUUGCAAAUCUCGCGUCAUAGUUUACCAUGUGACUUGGUUAAGCUGGUGACACUGCGCGUAUGUGUUUUGACAAAUAGUAUUCAUGACAUGUUUUAGCCUAUCGUAUUACGUGACAUUUUAUAAAUAUCGGCACCACGCAGAUCUAAGACUCUUGGUGUUUUCAGAUUGAUUAUUCCUUAUGUUGAAUUUUGGUACGUAGGUAACAAUGUUUAUGCGAUCCGGCCUCAGCGGAUUUAUCCUGGAAAAAGUAUAUUUUUAGCUUAACGUUUUUCGAGUGCGAGAAAUAGUAGAGUGAAACGGCAAGUGCGUUACGAUCCCAGAUUUAAAAAAAACAACAACAACGGAGCAAAAAUAAUGUAAAAUUUAUGUUGUUGAGAUGAUCAUUAUUAUUAGUAUCACUAUUGUCACUCAUCUAGAUUGCUUAUUACGUUCUUCAACGCUACAGGGAGCGGGGCGUGAACCUGGAAACGAGAGUGCGCAGCCGGCGCUUGGUAACGACACGAGUAACACGCACGCGAGGGCUCAGACUUUUACGCGCGCGCGCGUGACAAUUGAAUCGAGAGAGCAAAUUUUGAAGUUCAAAGGUCUUCUAAUGGGCAAGACUGUUGAUGGUUGUUUUUUGCCAAUCAUUUUUUAAUUAACUGAAUUAGUGAUCGUAAGUGAAGGCCUGUGAGUGAAACAUCGCAUCUGAACAAAGAAGUCUUCCUAAGCAGAUUCGUUCACGGUCGUGUCUCAAAGUAUGUCCCAGCUAUGGUUUAUGCUUGUUUAUUUAUUUGACAUUGUACAUAUCAGAGAUGAGUGACGCAUAUCUGUAAGUAGUUAAAAUCGUGAUAGAGCUAACUCGAGGUUGUCAGAUCGACUGGGAAAAAAGUAUUCAUUUAAAAAAUAUUAAUUUAUGAAAUAGUCAUUUAUAGGAGAAGACUCUUGUUUGCUACGCAAUGAAUGUGUGUUAGAGAAUCUGGAACAGAAGUCGUGUUAAGAGAAUAAACUACGAGAACUUCAUUUCAAAUGCAA